CAUCCUUGUGUUCCUCUUGGUUUUUGUGUCCUGUGCCGCAACACAACGUCCUAACAUUGUCUUCAUAGUUGCAGAUGAUUUAGGAUGGAACGAUGUUGGUUUCCGCAACCCGAACAUGAAGACUCCAAACAUCGACGAACUGGCUUCAGAGGGGAUCAUCUUCGAGAGCGCCUAUGUCCAGCCUUUCUGUAGCCCGUCUCGCACUGCGUUCAUGAGUGGAAUGUUUCCUUUUAAAGUCGGCAUGCAACACCUAAAUAUUGCCGCCAACAGCUCUGCAUGUGUGCCUCUCAACUACAACUUCCUGCCACAGGAACUGAAGAAACUCGGCUAUGCUACCCACAUGGUUGGCAAAUGGCAUCUUGGUUUUUGCAAGUGGGAGUGCACACCAACGUACAGAGGGUUUGACACGUUCUUUGGCUACUACAACGCACAGGAAGACUACUACAACCACAGCUUAGGGGGAUAUUUAGACUACAGAGACAACAAACUUCCUGCUUGGGACUACAAAGGAGAAUAUUCAGCUUAUACAUUCGCCCAGAAAGCUGUUGACAUCAUCCAUCAACACAAUGUCUCCCAGCCUUUGUUUAUGUACCUGCCCUACCAGAGCGUACACGAUCCAAUGGAGGUUCCCGUAGAGUACUUCAACAUGUAUCCUAAUGUGAUGAACCAAGGUCGCAGGACAUACUCAGGAAUGGUGACGGCCCUCGACGAUGCGGUUGGGAACGUGACAAUGGCACUUAAAGAGAAGGGCCUGUUUGAAAACACACUCAUUCUGUUUACGGCUGACAACGGCGGCCCUAUAACAAGUUAUGCCAACAACUGGCCUCUGAGAGGUGGCAAGCACACAAUCUGGGAGGGGGGCACGAGGGGGACAUCGUUCAUGUAUGGCACCGGCUUGAAAAAAACAAAGACAACUUACAAUGGAAUGAUGCAUGCUGUAGACUGGAAGCCAACAUUGGUGUCAGCAGCUGGAGGAUCUCCUGAAAUGUCAAUUGACGGUAUGAGUCACUGGGAAUCCAUCAGGAAAGGGCUUCCUUCGUCAAGGACCGAGUUUAUCUACAAUCUCGACAAUACUGAACCAGCAAUUGAGGGACAUGCUGGAAUCAGGGUUGGAGACUACAAGCUGAUAAUGGGCUACCCAGGUGGACCCGAUGGCUGGCCCGAGCCUAUGAACAGAACAGAGAGGGAUAUUUAUGUGACCACCAUAUAUGUUGAAGGAGAUAGUCCAGUUCAUCUGUACAAUAUACGUGAGGAUCCAACUGAGCAUAACGACCUGGCACAGAAGAUGCCGGACAUUGUUGACAAACUAAAAACCCGGAUGGAUGACUACCGGAAGCAGAUGGUCCCCGCUGAUCACCCUCCACCUGAUCCUGCUGCUAACCCAAAGAAUUUCGGGAACGCAUGGACACCCGGAUGGUGCUGAGCUUACAUCUGGUCUCAUCAGUAAUUUUCAGUCAUCCAUUCCUAUAAUUCCAAUGACUAUAUUGCCGUUGUUUCUGUUUCUGAGGGGGGCACGGGUGGCCCAGUCG